CAUCAACAAGAGCAGAAGCACCAACAACAGUUUCAGGACCCCUGGACCCUGCAUCCUCCACCAAAGCAAGAUGUGCCAUCAGCAGUUGAUCACCUCCUGGUUUUCCCUGGUGUUGCUGGCAUCGCCCCUCCUGGCCAUGUGGGAACUGAAAAAAAAUGUUUAUGUUGUAGAGUUGGACUGGCACGCUGAUGCUCCUGGAGAGACGGUGGUUCUUACCUGCAACACUGCUGAGGAAGAUGGCAUCACAUGGACCUCAAACCGGAGUAGUGAUGUCUUAGGCUCUGGUAAAACCCUGACCAUCCAAGUCAAAGAGUUUGGAGAUGCUGGACAAUACACUUGUCACAAAGGAGGCGAGGUUCUGAGCCAUUUGCUCCUGCUGCUCCACAAAAAGGAGGAUGAAAUUUGGUCCACUGAUAUUUUAAAGGACCAGAAAGAACCCAAAAGCAAGACCUUUGUGAAAUGUGAAGCAAAGAGCUAUUCUGGACACUUCACCUGCUGGUGGCUGACAGCAGUCAGUAGUGAUGUGACAUUCAGUGUCAAAGGCAGCAGAGGCUCCUCUGACCUCUCAGGAGUAACUUGUGGAGCAGCAACACCCUCUUCGGAGAGUGUCAGAGUGGACCACAGGGAGUAUAGGAAGUACUUGGUGGAGUGUCAGGAGGACAGCGCCUGCCCCACUGCAGAGGAGAGCCUCCCCAUUGAGGUGGUGGUGGACGCGACUCACAUGCUCAAGUAUGAAAACUACACCAGCAGCUUCUACAUCAGAGACAUCAUUAAACCAGACCCACCAAAGAACCUACAGCUGAAGCCAUUAAUGAAUUCUCAGCAGGUGGAGGUUAGCUGGGAGUAUCCUGACACCUGGAGCACUCCACAUUCCUACUUCUCCCUUACAUUCUCAGUUCAGGUCCAGGGCCAGAAAAAGAAAGGAAAGAAAGACAGACUCUUCACUGACGAGACCUCAGCCACAGUUUCAUGCCACAAGAAUGCGAAGGUGCAGGUGCAAGCCCGGGACCGCUACUACAGCUCAUCAUGGAGCGAAUGGGCCUCUGUGUCCUGCAGUUAGGUUCCAAUCCUAAGGUGAAACUUCAGAGGAAAAAUGGAAGCGAUCAGGCAAAAGAUCUUAAAGGCAUGAUGGAAGAGACCCAACAAGCACUGAUUUGUUUUUCAAGAUUUUUAGGAUAUUUGCUGUAUUUUUAUAUUUAGAACCUAAAUGCAUACUGACAUAGCGAACUAAUUUAUUUAUAGAUUUUUCAACAUUCCAAUUGCCACUGGCCUUAAUGCUAUUUAAAUAUUUAAGUAAUUUAUGUAUUUAUUAAUUUAUUGCUGUUAUUUAACAUGUAUGUGCCAAGAUGUGUUGAAUGUUUUAUAUUGUCAUGGCCUGACCUAUAUGGAUCAGUCCCUUGGAUGCAAAAUGUGAAUUGAAGUGUUAUUUAUAUUGACAACUUUUCAAGUGAAGCUUCAGGUACAUUGGUUUUAUGACAACUAGAAAGACACAGUGCUCUGAUGCCAGCACUAUUAUAUAUUUGUGAUGAAUGGGAAGACAAGAGAUAUUUACAUAAAGACAUGGACACAUGGAGCUAGGGGGCAAAGCCUGAAAAGAUCAAUAAUUGUUCCAAUGAAGACUUCUUAGAACUGGCACUGACAAGCAAUUCAGAGCCACCUGCACUUCCAAGCAAGUUUAGCCCUUCAAUGCCUGAACUUUAAAGGGACGAAUGAAUGAACAAAAGGACUGAAAUUGAAUUUCAGCUCCCGCCUCCCUGGGUAUCCCCACCCCCACCUCUCUCCAAGACACAAGGAGGGUGGCACAGAGAUAUCAUAGGCGUCUGGAAGAUAAAAAAAACUCUUAGGAUUCAAGAGGGAAAGCAGUACAAUUCUGGCAAAGGACGUAAAAUUGUCAGAAUUGCAGGUGGCCUCUUAAUAGUCACAGAUAAAGGCAGACAGAUGCAGAGGAAACAUUCUAAAAUCACUUCUGCCUCAGGAUAAGCGAGUCUGACACGUGGAUAGGACCAGAAAGUCUCACUCUCGGCAGCUGACACUUUUAAGUAAUGGAUGUGCUUUCCAUAAAGUGAUGAUGUUUGUUUUCUGUUUGUUUAUUUAUUUAUUUAUUUAUGAAUUCUGAAGCCAAACUAAUAAAAACCCUACUUUGCAAACAUAUUUUGAGCUUUCUCCGAUCACUAUGUUUCCAAGUCUCCUAGGGUGCAUCUUCCCCCUAUCC